CACCCCACAUUUUUGUGCAGAAAGCUGAAAAUCUUGUUAUAAAAACAGAGUCCAAAAACACAAUCUUUUUGAAUCUACCCUUCUCCUUUAUCUCUCUAGAAUCUUUUUCACCCGGCCAGGGCAAGUUCUGUUGCUAAGCUUUUGUCUCCACCUGCUUCUUUUGUUCCAAUCUCCGACAAAUACCAAAACCGAACCAAAUAAACACUCUGUUUCUCAACAAUGGCAGCCUGCAAGGAAGAUGAUCCUCGUCUCCAUGAAAUCAAAUCGAAAAUCCGUGUAGUUCCUAACUUCCCCAAACCAGGUAUCAUGUUUCAAGACAUAACAACACUGUUACUAGAUCCCAAGGCAUUCAAAGACACAAUUGAUUUAUUUGUUGACCGGUAUAAGGGCAAAAACAUUGAAGUUGUCGCAGGGAUAGAGGCAAGGGGGUUUAUUUUUGGUACACCAAUUGCAUUGGCCAUUGGAGCUAAGUUUAUUCCAUUGAGGAAACCAAAAAAAUUACCUGGUAAAGUUACUUCGGAGGAAUAUGUGUUGGAAUAUGGAAAGGAUUGUCUUGAAAUGCAUGUUGGAGCUGUUGAACCGGGCGAACGAGUUCUCGUGGUUGAUGAUUUGAUCGCAACUGGUGGAACUUUAUGUGCUGCAAUGAAUUUGUUGGAACGAGCUGGAGCUGAAGUUGUUGAAUGUGCUUGUGUUAUUGGAGUGCCGGAACUUAAGGGUCGUGAUAGAUUGAAUCAGAAACCGCUAUAUGUUCUUGUUGAUUCGAAAAGAGAGAAUGGGAUAAUGAAGAUCGAUGUUGAUGAUCAACAAGUUUGAGAUUGACUAUUAUUAUUAUUUGCUGGUAGUUAGAUUAAUGAAUUUUGAUCGGAUCUUGAUUAAAAAAAACUGCCUGAGUUGUUUGUUGGUAGUUUUAUGAAAAGGAUUGUUUAAUUAUGUUAUUUAAGUUCUUUUAUUAUUCAUGUUAUUCUCA